AUGGCGCCUCUCGUCCCGUCGCAGGAGGAGCUCGAUCGCAGAAGGCUCGUCGACAUCAACCCGGAGACCGUCUCCAACAUCCCCUCGACAGAUUUCCCUGGCCAUUGGCCUGGCGAGUCGCACGAAUGGUCCCUAGAAAAAUUCAAGAAUGACCUCAAGAUUGAAUUUCACCGCAACGAGCGAUUCGAAGCGUCCUUUUCUCUGAUCGGUGUUGACGCCUCCAUCGCCAAUGCUUUCCGCCGUAUCCUCAUGGCCGAAGUGCCCAGCAUCGCCAUUGAAUUCGUCUUCGUCCACAACAAUACCUCGGUCAUCCAGGACGAAGUUCUCGCACAACGUCUGGGUCUGAUUCCCCUCAAGGGUUCGGUGGAGGGUAUCAACUGGAUGCGCUGGUUCAAGAAGCCUACCGAGGAUGAUCCGGAAGGCAGCAACCCCGCCGACUACAACACCAUCGUGUUGCGCUUGGACGUCGAAUGCACCAAGAACCCCGACGCGGAUCCCCAGGAAGAGGAUCCCCGCAAGCUCUACAAGAAUGCGCACGUCUACGCCAAGGAUCUCACCUUCCACCCCGUCGGUCGCCAGGACCAGUUCUUCGUUGGCAUGGAUACGAUCCAGCCCGUGAACCCGGAUAUCCUGAUCGCCAAGCUUCGUCCGGGCCAGGCGAUCGAAAUGGAACUUCACUGCAUCAAGGGUAUCGGUGCCGACCAUGCCAAGUUCUCGCCCGUCGCCACGGCCAGCUACCGUCUCUUGCCCGAUAUCAAGAUCCUCCGCCCCAUCAUCGGAGAAGACGCCAAGAAGUUCGCCAAGUGCUUCCCCAGCGGUGUCAUCGGCCUUGAGCCCGUUACUCGGGAGGAGGCCGCGCAGAAGGGAAGCGGAUAUGAGGGUCACGAAGGUGAACAGAAGGCCGUCGUUGUCGAUCCGUUCAAGGAUACCGUCAGCCGGGAGUGUCUCCGACACGAGGAAUUCCAGGGCAAGGUCAAGCUCGGUCGCAUGCGCGACCACUUCAUCUUCAACAUCGAAAGUGUUGGCCAGUUCGAGAGCGACAGCCUCUUCCUGGAGAGUGUCAAGGUGCUGAAGCUGAAAUGCGCCAGAUGGAAGAGGGGUUUGACGGACCUGAUGCGCUAA